AUGAGCACGUUAUGCUGGAACUGCCGGGGGUUGGGUAGCGACCGGACAGUUCAUGAACUUCUGGGAUUUAUCUCCAGAAAGCGACCCAGUUUGGUUUUUAUUAUUGAAACAAAAGCUACUGCAAAUAAAGUGGAGGAAACAAGGAUACGGAUGGGAUUUGAAGGUUUACUCUCGGUGGAUAGAACAGGUAUGGGUGGUGGUCUAGCACUCUUCUGGCGGGAUAAAAAUAUGGUAUCGAUUCUUAGCUAUUCAGAAAGUCAUAUAGAUGCUGUGGUCUCGUUACCAGGAAAGCCGGAUUGGCGGAUGACUGGCUUCUACGGAAACCCCGAUCAAUCUAAACGACAUCUAUCAUGGGAUUUCUUGCGUGAGCUCAAGAAUAGGUCUCAACUCCCGUGGUUCGUCAUUGGUGACUUCAAUGACAUCUCUUGCCAGUCAGAAAAAAGAGGGCCACAUCCACAAUCAUCGGCUCUUAUUGAGGGCUUUAAUGAUGCUCUGGAAGAUUGCCAACUUAUGGAUCUUGGCAUGCUGGGAAGCCGUUUCACGUGGGAACGGGGCCGUGGAACAGAAGCGUGGGUCGAGGAGCGGCUUGAUAGAGCCGUAGCGACGGCGGAGUGGUCGGACAUUUUUGAGGAAGCUGAGGUUGAAAAUUUGCUAACAUUUACGUCUGACCAUAAUGCUAUUUUCCUUAGUCUGGAAAUGCUUAAUAUUCGAGGAGGGCGGAAAGCAUUUAAAUUUGAGUCAGCGUGGAUUCUUGACGAAGGGUGUGGGAAGGUCGUGGAGCAAGUGUGGCGUCGUUCGAGCGGAGAAUUGUUUCAUCAACGAAUUGCUGAAUGUGGCCGGCAACUUAGUCGAUGGGGAAAAGAAUAUUAUAACAAGUUUGGCACGCAAGCAAAAAAGUUACGCAACAUAUUGGAAGUUCUCAGAGAUGCCCGGGAUCAACAGUCUGUUAAUGAGUAUAUGCUAAUUGAAGGAGAAUUGCUGACUAUCAUGCGCCAGGAGGAGAUUUUCUGGAAGCAGCGAUCGAAACAAUUGUGGCUACAACACGGCGAUCUGAACACUAAAUACUUCCACAAGUCAGCAUCGACACGGCGAAGGCGCAAUUUUUUGAAGCAAAUCAAAAACGAGGAUGGCGGUUGGGUGCAGGGGGACGCGAUGAAAAUGGAGAUAUUACAAUACUAUGAAAAUAUCUUCCGGACAGCGAGCUCGGCCAUGGACAUAUUUGAGAGAGUACCGUGCCGCGUAACAACACGCAUGAAUGAGGCACUUAAGCUGCUUUUCACAUUGGCAGAAGUUAAAACUGCUCUCUUCUCAAUGGCCCCGGAGAAGGCACCGGGACCAGAUGGUAUGACUCCUGCUUUCUUCCAACAUUUCUGGCCUAUUUUGGGUCACGAUCUGUUCAUUUUUAUUACCAAUUGUGUAAUUAACAGAAACCUACCGCAAGGACUUAACGAGUCCAACAUUGUUCUGAUUCCUAAAAAGAAAAUGCCUGAAAAAGUCUCUGAUCUUAGACUGAUUGCGUUAUGCAACGUAGCUUACAAGGUGCUGGCUAAAAUGCUUGCAAACAGAUUAAAAGAAGUGUUACAAAGUGUGGUCUCUAUGACUCAAAGUGCGUUUGUCCCAGACAGGCUUUUAACGGACAACAUAAUCGUCGCAGGGGAAGUAGGACACUACUUAAGACGGAAAUCCGGAGGCAUAAUGGGGUGGACAGCUUUGAAACUUGACAUGGCCAAGGCCUACGACCGGAUGGAAUGGGGAUUUUUAAAGGGGAUGCUUGCGGCUUUGGGAUUUACUCAAGGGUGGAUCGAGCUACUUAUGAUGUGUGUCACUACUGUGACUUACAACAUUCAGGUAAACGGGGAUCCAGCGGGAUCAGUAAUCCCGACUCGGGGUAUCCGACAGGGCGACCCUUUGUCACCUUACCUCUUCAUUUUGUGUGCUGAGGGGCUCUCUAUUUUGCUACAGCAAGCCGAAGCAAGAGGUGACAUCCAUGGGAUCCGCAUUGCGCGUGGUGCUCCAUCAGUAUCACACUUAUUCUUCGCAGACGAUAGCUUACUAUUUUUCAGAGCUACAUCCGAGGAGGCCCAGACGAUAAAAGACUGCUUAGAGAUGUACAGCGCAGCUUCAGGCCAAGUCAUCAACUACGAAAAGUCCAAUGCCAUGUUUAGCUCAAAUACGGAUCACGCUACCCGUCGAACAGUAGCAGAUUGCGUGGGGGUCCAAGAAACCACGGACUUAGGCAAAUACCUGGGAUUGCCUUCGGCGUUGGGCCGCAACAAAACCAGGACUUUCCAGUUUAUUGAACAAAAAGUGCGUGAACGAAUUGGAGGCUGGCAACAGAAGCUUCUUUCUAGAGCAGGCAAAGAGGUAUUACUAAAAAGUAUAGCGCAAGCUUUACCUAUAUUCACCAUGUCUGUUUUUCUAUUGCCUGAACGACUCUGCUCUACUAUUGAAAAACUGUUUAAUCGCUAUUGGUGGGGCGAAAAUAGUUCCGGGAAAUCUGGCAUCCACUGGAUGAGUUGGAGGCGUUUGGCUGUCCCAAAGAAACAAGGUGGCAUGGGGUUUAAACGACUUCAUGAAUUUAAUUUGGCUUUACUGGCAAAACAGGGCUGGCGAUUAUUAAUCUACCCGGACUCUCUUGUUGCUCGGAUACUGAAAGCGAAGUACUAUCCACAUAGCGACUUCUUAGACGCACAACUCGGAAACAAUCCGAGCUAUUUAUGGCGAAGUAUUUUGGCAGGGCAACCUCUUCUAAAAAAGGGCACGGCACGACGUAUUGGUAACGGUUUGGAUUCUGCAGUCUGGGGAUGGCCAUGGUUAUCGGACUUGGCCAACCCAAAGUUGCAUACCCCAUGCACAGAAGCUUUGAAGGAGGCGAAGGUCAGCGGGCUACUAACGCCACAUGGAGACUGGGAUACGGAAAUAAUUCGUGAUCUUUUCCUCGAGAGCGAUGUUCCCCGAAUUCUGGCAACACCGGUUUCGCCACAAUACCCGGAUUCUUGGCGGUGGAAGGACGACAUCCGCGGGCUGUACUCGGUAAGGCAUGGGUACCGGAUCCUAACGUCGAACGAGGAGGAGACGGUCUCACCUGGUGGCUUUACGCACUGGCACAAGUUAUGGAAGCUUCCGAUUCCUCCUAAAGUCAAAAACCUGCUGUGGAAGUGCGCGAGAGCUAUUCUUCCGGUCAAAGAGAUUCUAAAGGUACGUAGAGUUUGGAUCGGUGGAGGUUGCACUUUUUGUGGCUAUCCGCUCGAGACAAUAGAACACUUAUUAUGCGACUGCAACACGGCACAACAGGUGUGGGACGAUAGCGACAUACUUCGUGGACGAUCAGUACAAGGAUUAAUGGAGGAUCUCUUGGGGACUACUAUGCUGGACGAGGCUAUUCGUAUGGCAGCGGUGUUCUGGACCUUGUGGAAUGCGAGGAAUGACCAAAUCUGGAAGGCGGAAUAUAAACACACGCAAAGUCUUCGAGCUCAGGCUGGUGCUUUGCAACAACUCUGGCAAUCUCUGCGUACGCCACCGCACGCCGACAGAUCAAAUGAUUCAGCUAUAACCAACUGGAGCCCACCGCCGCACGGAUGGAUCACUUGCAACGUUGACGCUGCCCUCUUUGGAGACGGUGCGGGCUUUGGUGCGGUGAUACGUGACCAUACAGGGCGUUUUAUCGCAGCACAUGGCGGCCACUUGGGGUGUUUAGAUGAUCCUUUGCUAGCCGAAGCUACUGCGGUCGAAAGAACUCUAACCUGGCUGAAGGGUCUAAAUAGAAAUAAUGCAAUAGUCGAGACUGAUUGCUUAAAUUUUUCUACUGCUUUUAAUUCUAGUUGUGUUGAUUUUUCUUAUGUUGGUUCCAUUGUAAAGCAAUGUUUAAAGCUUGCUAGUGAUAUUGGGAACAUCAGAGUUCGCCAUAUCAAAAGGUCAGCGAAUCAGGUCGCUCAUGUACUAGCUCGGGCAACCGAUUCCCCGUCUGUCCUAGGGUCGUGGUUUGACUACCCGCCCCCGUGUAUCGCUUCUCUUUUGAGUUAUUAA